CAACUAUAAACACCAGUCUCUGCAACUUCCAUUUCAGCUUCAGAAAAUUUAGGACAGGAUGCAAGCUUCUCAGAGUACCCCGAAAGACCCCCGCAUCAUUGCCAGAGAGUACCAGAAGAAGCUUUGUAAGAUAGCAUUGGAGGAGAACACAAUUGUGUACUUGGAAACUGGGUGUGGGAAGACACACAUUGCAGUGCUUCUUAUGUAUGAACUUCGCCACUUGAUUAGAAAGCCAUCUAAGAGUAUCUGUGUUUUUCUAGCACCCACCAAUGCUCUGGUUCAGCAGCAAGCUGCAGUUAUUGAGCACUCCACAGACUUUAAGGUUGGGAGAUACUAUGGAAAUUAUGGGAAUUUUACAAGUCAUCAUGACUGGGAAGAAGAGAUUCAAAAGUAUGAGAUUUUCGUGAUGACCCCGGAAAGACUUCUACGUAAUUUGCACCAUUGUUUAAUGAGGAUGGAAUUUAUUGCACUGUUGAUAUUUGAUGAAUGUCAUAAUGCGCACAAGGGUCAUCCAUAUGCACAAAUCAUGAAGGAAUUCUAUAAAGCUAACACUGGGAAGAAUCCCCGUAUAUUUGGAAUGACUGCAUCUCCAAUCGUUGGAAAAGGUGGGUCCAGUCAAACAAAUUACUCUAAAUCCAUUAACACCCUCGAGCAUUUGCUCGAUGCGAAGGUACAUUCUGUUGAAGACAAGGAGGAAUUGGAAAGUCUCAUUGCAUCUCCGAAUAUUAAACUAUACUACUAUAAUCCCAAUGUAGAUAAUACUUGCAGCUCCUUUCUAACUUGUGGGCAGAAGCUUUGGCAACUUAAGGACAAGUAUUUAUUGCUUCUGAGAGGGAAUUCUGAAGAGCCCAAGGAGCUGCAGAAGAAGGCUAAAUUACUUGCAAAACUCCACAAAAAUCUGAUGUUUUGUUUGGAUGAUAUUGGCCUCUGGGGAGCAGCACAAGCUGCUCACAUCCUUCUAAGUGGAGAUCAUAGCGAACUUGCGGCAGCUCUUGACAUGGACACCAGUACAGAUGAAAACUGUGUGGCAAACCUGUAUUUGAGGGAGGCAUCCUUGGUAUUAAACGAUGCUCUUUGGAAAGAUGAUACUAAAUCUGGUGCAUUUGUUCCUGAGGCUUUAGAAGAGCCAUUUUUAUCAAGGAAAUUGCUGGUUCUCAUUGGCAUCCUUUCAAGUUACAGGCUACGAGAAGAUGUGAAAUGUAUAAUUUUCGUUAAGCAGAUCAUCACUGCAAGAUCCUUAGCCCAUCUACUUGGGAAUAUAAAGUGUCUUGGCUUCUGGAAGUGUGAAUAUCUUGUGGGCUUUCGCUCUGGGCUGAAGACAAUGUCGAGGAAAAAGAUGAAUAGCAUAGUUGAGAACUUCCGUGUUGGUAAGAUAAAUCUGCUGAUAGCAACCAAUGUGGCUGAGGAGGGGCUUGAUAUUCAGACAUGUUGUCUUGUUGUUCGCUAUGAUAUGCCAGAAACUGUUGCCAGUUUUAUACAGUCUAGAGGCCGUGCACGCAUGCAACAAUCGGAAUAUGCAUUUUUGGUUGAGAGUGGAAAUGAUGCUCAGAUGAACUUGAUUAAUCAUUUCAUUGCGGGCGAGGAGCAUAUGAACCAAGAAAUAAUAAAAAGAUCAUCAGAAGACGCUUUUGCCGAUACUGAGGAUACAACAUUUAAAGUUGAAAGCACUGGUGCAUCCAUUAGUACCGCAUGUAGUGUUUCUUUGAUUUAUCAUUACUGUUCAAGACUAUUGCACGACGAGUAUUUCACUUCAGUACCGCACUUCUAUUAUAAUGAUGACAAUAGGGGUGUCAUUUGUCGAGUUGUCCUUCCUCCCAGUGCUCCCUGUCACUCUAUAGAUAGUGCACCCUGUCCAUCGAGAGAAGAUGCUAAGAGAGCAGCAUGCCUGAAAGCAUGCAUUGAAUUGCAUAAAAUGGGUGCUCUGACGGACUAUCUUUUGCCACAUCAACUGGAUGAAGUAAAAGAAAGCUCAUAUCUUCAGACUUCUGGAUUGAAGAACUCUGAAGAUGAAAUUUCUCGUGGUGAGCUUCAUGAGAUGUUAGUUCCGGCUGCACUUAGAACACCGUUGGUUAAUGAACAUCAUGCUACUUUCAAUUUCUAUCUUGUACAGUUCGUUCCAGUCCCCGAAGAUAGGGACUACAAAACAUUUGGUCUUUUUGCACCUUUGCGCCUGCCUGAAGAAGCUGAGACUAUGCAACUUGAUCUACAUCUUGCUCAUGGAAGAAUUGUAAAGGCUAGUCUUGUGCAUUCAGGAGUAGUUGAAUUUCAUGAAAGACAGAUUAUUGAUGCAAGGAAUUUCCAGGAAAUGUAUCUCAAGAUUCUCCUGGACAGGACAGAGUUUAUGCUUGAUUAUAUUCCACUGGGAAAGAAAGAUGAGCCCCCACUGACCUCAUCAACCUUUUACCUACUGCUUCCUUUGGAGAAACUAUUAUCUGAGGACAGAUUCACCAUUGAUUGGACGACAAUAAGGGACUGUCUAUCUUCACCAGCUUUCAGAGCUUCAAGGGAUAUCAUUGAGAACACACAGCUUCAUGUUGGAGAGACGCUAGAAUUAAUUGAUGGACCUAUUAAUGUAAAUUAUAUAACAAAGAGCUUAGUUUUUACUCCACGUACUAAAUUGUUCUUCUUUGUUACUGAAAUUCUUCAUGGAGUGAGUGCAACCAGCCGAAUGGAGAGUUACAAGGAUAUAACUUAUGCUGAAUACUACAAGGGAAAGUUUGGCAUCUCUCUCCAAUAUGAGCAACCCCUUUUGAAAGCAAAGCAGCUUUUUAUUUGUCGCAACUUAUUGCAUAAUCGAUUGUUGGAAAAUUCAGAGGCAAGAGGAUUGAAAGAGCACUUUGUGGAAUUACCUCCUGAACUUUGUUCCUUAAAGAUUAUAAACUUUUCAAAAGACAUUGGGAGUUCAUUGUCUCUAUUACCAUCACUAAUGCACCGGCUUGAAGGUUUACUUGUGGCAGUUGAGCUCAAAGAAAAAUUAUCAGCCUCAUUUUCUGAAGGAUCCCAGAUAACUGCCCAUCGUGUCCUAGAAGCCAUUACCUCAGAGAAAUGCAUGGAACGAUUUUCCCUAGAAAGACUUGAAAUUCUUGGUGAUGCUUACCUCAAGUAUGCUGUCAGUAGACACCUUUUUCUUUCGUGUAGAGGUUUUGAUGAAGGCCAAUUGACUAAGAAACGCUCAAGUAUUGUGAACAAUGCUCACUUAUACAAUCUUGCUAUAAGAAGUAAUUUGCAGGCAUACAUACGUGAUGAAUGCUUUGAGCCAUCGAAUUUUUUGGCCGUUGGUCGUCCUUGUACAAACAUUUGCAAUGAAGACACUAUAAACCACAUUCAUUUUCCGCAUGGAGAAGAAGUGAAAGCAGAUGUAAAUUUAAUUGAUGUUAAAUGCAGCAAGUCCCAUCAUUGGUUGCAUAGGAAGACUGUUGCUGAUGUAGUAGAAGCUAUGAUUGGAGCCUUCCUUGUUGAAUGUGGGUACAAAGGGGCAUCAUCAUUUCUGAGAUGGAUAGGGAUACCUGUGGACUCUGGAUUUUCACAUGUUUCUAAUGCUUCCAUUAGUACAAAAAGCAAUGCAGUGGUCCCUGAGUCCUUUGAUAUUUCUGGAAUAGAAAGUUCACUAGGAUAUAGGUUUCGGCAUAAAUAUCUGCUUGUACAAGCUUUUGUACACCCUUCAUACAAUAAAUAUUCAGGAGGCUGCUAUCAAAGACUUGAAUUUCUUGGGGAUGCUGUCCUGGAUUACAUGAUCACGUCGUACCUAUAUUCAGCUUUUCCAGACUUGAAGCCAGGACAGUUGACUGACUUACGAUCCAUGAUGGUAAAUAAUAACUCAUUUGCUCGUAUAGCGGUGCACCGGCAAUUCCACUUAUAUCUUAUUAGUGAUUCUAAAAGCCUAUCUGAGGAUGUCAAGAAAUUUGCAACUUAUGUCAAGAGUCCUGCCACAGAAAGGGCCUUGUCGGAUGAGCCAAAGUGUCCAAAGGUUCUUGGGGACUUGGUAGAGUCCUGUUUUGGUGCUAUACUUCUAGAUUGUGGAUUUGAUUUGGCGCAAGUUUGGAAGUUGAUGUUAUCUUUCCUUGAUCCUAUCGUGAGCUUAUCCAGCUUGCAGCUCAGUCCUAUCAGAGAACUUCAAGAACUUUGCCAAACAGAAAGUUUCAACCUGAGUUUCCAUAGUACAAAGGAGAACAAAAUUUACACGGUUGAAGCAAAAGUUCUUUCCAGUGAUAGAUGUUUUAUUGGUCAAGGGGUAAACCCGAGUCAAAGAAUUGCUAAAAGAAGUGCCGCUGAAAAUGCUUUAUUGAAAUUGAAGGCAGAAGGUUUCCUGCAUAAAGCAAAAUCCAUGGGGGAAAUUCUGCGUACAUGUCGAAAACAAGAACCUGAUCUUAUCGGCCAUGAUGGAACACUGGCAUUUGCAGAUGAAUCCAUUAUCCCACCAGAAGACAGAGAGAGCAAUGAAGAACAAGAAGCAUAUGCAUACCUUGAGGCUGUGAAUUGGAGCACAAGUUACUCAUUAAAUGAAUUGGAUGCAUCUUCAUCUGAAAGCAAUGACAUUCUCUGCAGAAAUCUGAAGCUUCCUCUUUAUUCAAGUUUUGAUCAAACUAGUUAUGAUGAAGUAUCUGAAGAAAGUAGCUCCCAUAGUGAAAACUCGCUAACAGAUUAUAAGUCUACCAGUUCAGCAAUCUCCCAAUUGUAUGAGAUCUGCACUAUGAACUUUUGGAACCCUCCCUCGUUCACUUGCUGUAAAGAUGAGGGACCUGAUCACAUGAAAAUGUUCACUUACAAAGUGGAGUUUAAAGUGGAAGGAUCUCUAACUUCAAUUGUAGAAUGUUUUGGACAGCCUAGGAGAACGAAGAAAGCGGCAGCAGAGGAUUCAGCACAAGGUGCAAUUUGGUUGCUCCGACAUCAAGGUUAUAUAGUUUCCGGAGGCUCUGUUGGGAUUGCUUAACAACUCUACAAAAGGAACGCGAGUUGUUUAUAAACAAGGGAAAAACAGAUAUAAUCCCUUGCAAACGUUGUGACAAUUUGGCAGGAAAGAAUAAAGGCAAAAUUUUGCCUGUCCAAACAGCUCUCUCUCUCUCUCUCUCUCUCUCUCUCUCUCUCAGUUGACUGCUCGGUGCAAGAAUGCCAGCAACCACAGCAAUUCAAUUGUCAAUUUAUAUAUGUGGAGACAUUGGGGAUAUGGACGUAAACAUGUAUUCAUGAAAGAUAUAAGGGAAAACGUAAAUUUCCAUUUAUUUUUCUAAUAU